AAGAUCAAAGCGUGCUGGGCCAACCUUCAGCUUCUCGCGCGUAAACGUGAGGUGUACAGCGGUGUGGUGUGCUGUUUACCUCUAUAUACUGUGCUGUUCUGGUUACUCUGCCUCACACACACACACACACACACACACGCCGCCACAUAUUCCAGGAGGUGGCCUGACUAAGGCAUUGUUGUUGAAGACAGACAAGCUACACACUAAGAUGGCAGAGCGGCCAGAGGAUCUGAACCUGCCCAAUGCUGUCAUCACGCGCAUCAUCAAGGACAUGUUGCCGGAGGGUGUGGCCGUGGCCAAGGAGGCGCGCUCUGCCAUUGCCCGUGCUGCCUCGGUGUUUGUAUUGUUUGCCACCUCAUCAGCAAACAACUUGGCUCAGAAACACAAGAAGAAGACAGUCAGUGCUCAGGACACAUUCUUAGCCUUGAAAGAGAUGGAGUUUGAUAAAUUCAUUGAGCCACUACAAGAAAGUUUAGAAGUUUACAAAAGAUCUCAACAAAACAAAAAAGAACAGAAAGAAGCAAAGGCCAAAGCAAAGAAAGCUGAAGAAGCAGAUAAAAACUCAGGCAGUGUUGAAGACAACAGUGAGGAUGGCGACGUGUCCAACACGAUGGAAGCUUCAUUGACGACGGAUAAAGAAAAUGAUGAUGUGAUGGAAAUAGCAGAAUAGUACCAGUCAAAUAUUCUAUUGCCAAUAGUGUGAGACAACCUCUUUGUACUACAUUUGUAUGUGCUUUAGAUUUUUUAUUUAGUUGUUCAAGCAUAUUUAACUGUAAUUGAAUAAUGACAAGUACAAUGUCUUCAAUAAGGAAUAGUAUUUUGUAUGUAGUUAUUUCAUCAUUGUCAUCAUUAUCUUCAUCCUCUUCAAAUUUCCAGUUUCCAGUAGACAGGCUGAGAUUACUGGCAAUGUUCAGUGGUCAUUGGUGGUAUCUGUACAAACUGAGUGAUUUGUUGGACGUUGGAAUUGUGAAGGGGAACACUCAGAUUGUUUGUCAAUAUUAAUAAGAUUGUGAAAAAGUGUUUUACGAGUGAAAAUGAAGGUGCUGAUGGGAAUGUUACUUGAAUGGAAGAAUAUUAUCAAGUACAGCUUUGAAAGACUAGUAAUAGAGGCCAAAUCCUGAACAAGCCAGAAAGAAUUGGUUGGGUAGGAAGAGGUGGAAGCUCUACUGCCCUGAUCAUCCCUCCUUGAGAAAGGAAUGUGUCAGAGAGAAAUAUUGGUAGUGUCAGGUAGACAGUCUCAUAAGCUUCUGUAUGGAAGGUUGUAUCCAUAAUAUACCUCUCCCCAUGUAGACCUAAGAGCUAAAGUACAUGUUAAGUUGUACUAAAAAUUGUGUGUGUGUGCGUGCGUGCCUGCCUGCCUGCCUGCCUGUGUGCCUUAAUUAUGAAGAUGUUAGCUUGUUAUGUGGAAAGAAAGGGAUCAGAAAAUUAUUGUCAGUGAAGCAACAGAAUUGGUCAUGUACUUAGGGUAGUGUGGAGCAAGGAAGACUCCUGAUAACAAAUGCCUAGCUAUCCUAUCCAUACAAAUAAAACCAAGAGAUUGU